UGGCUGGCUGAGACCUGGGCAGGACUGGUCUGAAGGUUGCAGCUGACACUUGUCCCCUUGCUGGCUCUCUGCACCAUCUCCUUGCAGUGCACCAGAGUGAGGAGGGCUGCUCUCUGGGUCAGGGACAGGUGAAGGGCUGCCCAGCCUUUCUGGACUCCCCACCACCACCCACACUUUUCCAGUGCAAGUUCUUUCCAUGAAUUAGCCUGCCCAGAACUUACCUCGAUUUCAAUCUCUCUUCCUGGAUCCCAAUGGCUGAAGAGAAAACUUUUCGCCAUGGGCUCAUCGUCUUGGGAGUUUUUCUCGUGAUGAUCGGAAUGUUCAUCAUGAGUGUGGAUAAGCCCCAGAUCUACAUCACUUUUUGUACCUUAGGGGCCUUGGUCAUCGCUGCGGGGAUCAUUUGGAGCAUGUGUCAGUGCUACCCGAAGAUCAGAGUUGUUUCUGUUGAUGUGGAGUCUGAGAAGUUUCUUGUAAAGAACACUGCUGCUUCAUCUGUUCAAAAUGAGAUUCCUGAGAAGAACAGUUCCCAGACACCUUACACCAGCCAGAAAGAAGCUGAAGUCUAUGAGAAAAGCCUGCCGUCUUAUGAACAGAUCCAGAUGAAAGUGGCAGGUGCAGAAUCUGUGGGUGUUCUGUCUGCCCCAGUUCCACCGGUCAGGGCAGAAGGAUGUACCCAGCCUGCUGUACAGGCCAAGGCAGAGGUCCACAGGGAUUCAGAAAGCGAUGGAGACUCCUGCAAGGACCCAAUGUCCCAGAAGGACUCUACAAGGUUGUACUGUGAGUCGGAAAAGUUUCCUAACCAGGCGCCACUGGCUUCUUUCCAAGAGGAAGCUGACGCCUCUUCCGUGGAAUCUGCAGCCAACAGUCCGUUUCUACAGAGGUGGGAAAAUGUCUCGAAGCCUAUGUCUCCAACAGAAAGCCAGCUCAGAUUCAAGCUUCCUUCCUAUGAAGAUUUUGCCCUGAUCGAUUCCCUGAUGGCGGAAGGUCAAGGUCAAAACAAUGAAAGGUUAACGGCACCUAACCAAAGCCGUUGCCCUAUUCCUGCCCCCAGAGGAGAUGGGGCAUUGGCUACAGUAGAGCCUGAACGACUGGAACACAGAGCUAUGCAUAGUGUAGAAGAGGAUGACAUGUACUAUGGAAUAAAAGAGGGAGCAGGAGACGUCCCCUCAUCGGUCGGUGCUGUCUCUGAACCAAAGGACUAAGCAUUAAAAAUUAGGAAUGAGCCCGGGAACAUUCUCAUGGGAGUCCAAAUCCAAAGAGGUGAAAGGUUGGGUGGGGGUGGGGAAUGGCUCAGACAACAAAAGGGAUGCCCAAGCAAUGGUAAAUUUGUCCUGCUCUCUGGGGAUUUGGAGGGAGUGAUGGAAAAUAAGGGUUAGGACCACAGCAGAAGAACAAAAGUUUGGCUGUCUGUUGAAGUGUCUUAAGCUGUCCCUCCACUUAUGCUCAACCUGUAUAUUUGUAAAUAAAGUGAAAUAUCACCAAA